GCUGUGGUUGUUGCGGUUGGUUCUGUUGUGGAAAAAAUUGCAGGAACAAUAUACAACAUUAAAAAAUUCGAUAGUUAAUGAUACAACUGAACUAAAUUGUGAUUUAGUCAAAUUAAAGAGUACAUUAGCGGAAUUUCAGGCUAGUAUUAAAAUAUUAGAAAAUACAAUAAGUCAUACACAAGGUAUGUUAUUAUCAAAAUUUACGACUAUUGGAUCUAAAGUUGAAACUUCGAUAAAAACGAAUGAUAACAGAUUUCAGGCGGUUGAUCAGCGAAUAAACGAAACUAUACAAUUAAUUGAUAAAGACAGAUCUAGUGUACAUACAUUACAAACUAGAAUUCAAACGUUUUCUGAUAAAACUACCGAACAAAUAAAUACAUUAGAAUCUAGAUUUCAGUUAUUAAACGAUCAACUAAAACAAACGAAAACAAUGGUUAAUGAAUUAGAAUCGAAACAAAUAGCAUUUUUUCAAAAACAACACGAAACAUAUCGUUUUGAACUGCGUACAAUUGGAAAUAAGCUGGAUACAGUGGAAAAAUCCUUUAAAAACGCUCAUGAAAUAUCAAUGAAUACGAUUGAGAGCGUUAAACAUUCAUUACUAGACAGAAUUCAAAUGUUUUCUGAUAAAACUGUUGAACAAAUAAAUACAUUAGAAUAUAGAUUUCAAUUUUUAAACGAUCAACUAAAACAAAUAAAAAUAAUGCUUAAUCAAUUAGAAUCGAAACAAAUCGCAUUUCAAAAUCAACACAAGACAUAUCAUUUUGAACUGCGUACAAUCGAAAAUGAGCUCAAUACAAUGGAAAAAUCUUUUAAAAAAACUCAUGAAAUAUCAAUGAAUAAGAUUGAGAUCGUUGAAAAUACAUUACUAGAUAGAAUUCAGAGACAAGGUUUCAUUAUCGACUCAUUACGCGUAUGUCUGCAAAAGACGGAUAAUGACUUUAGUAAUCGAAUAAGUCUCGUGGAGAAACAAACUAAUCAAUUGCAAAUGAAAAUGAUUGAAAUACAAACACAACAAGAAGUGAUGGAAAACAAUUUUCAAUUGAGAAUGCGGAAUACUGAAUUUGACGUAAAUCAGUUGCAAGAGAAACUUGAAAAAUCAGAAGUAGAUAAAUACAAAACGAAAUCUGCUGUCGAAGAAUUGAGUAAUAAAUUACAGUACGCAAUUUUUGCUAUAACUGCCAUAGUUGCUAUAGUUAUACUGCUAUUUGUAUUAACUGUAGUACAUUAG